UAAUAUUGUAAUUUUCUUCCGGUGUUUUGUUUAUGAAAUGGUGUCCUCAUUAAAAGGAAAGGUAGCGCUUAUUACCGGUGCCACUUCAGGCAUUGGCAAAGCAUGCGCAGUUGCAUUGGCAGCCGAGGGAUGCUUUGUCUCCAUCACAGGCAGGAACACGGAAGCCUUGAAGGAAGUCACCAAGUUGUGCUAUGAAGCUGGGCUUCCUGAAGGCAAGGUAUUUGCAGUUGAUGGAGAUGUUGUUAAAGAAGAUGACUGCAAAAAGAUUGUGGACUCCACUGUGGAUCAUUUCAAGAGACUGGACAUUCUCAUAAACAAUGCAGGGAUUCUUGUGCUUGGUGGAAUUGAAAGCAUCAGCAUGGAAGAUUAUGACAGGCAGAUGGAUGUUAAUGUGAAGUCUGUGUUUAUUUUAACCAAGCUUGCUCUGCCGCACAUCAUUGAGGCGAAAGGGAACAUCAUCAAUGUAUCGUCUGUUUGUGGGAUCCGAUCGAUUCCAGGAAUGGUAGCAUACAACAUGAGCAAGGCCGCAAUUGACCAAUUUACACGAACUGUGGCCUUAGAGGUGGCUGACCGGGGAGUAAGAGUGAAUGCCGUCAACCCGGGGCUUAUCAUUACUGACAUCCACAGGCGAGCUGGCAUAUCGGAGGAGAACUAUCAGAAGAUGGUAGAACAUACCAAGAAGAUGUAUCCCCUUGGCCGAGCAGGAGAAGUCGAGGACGUGACAAAAGCUGUCAUCUAUCUUGCCUCAGAGGAUUCGUCAUUUGUAACGGGUGUAACACUGCCUAUUGAUGGAGGCCGGAUAUUGCAGUGCCCUCGCUGAUUGUGGGGCAAAUUAGUUUGUCAUUCUGGAUAGGGCUGUGCUAACCAAAGUGGACAUAAAUUGUAACUCUUACAGUGUUAAUUUUUUGUUUUGUUUUGUUUUUACUUGUUUAUUCAAUGUUGAAAUGAUGGUUGUCUUUAAAUUAAAGUAUGAAUAAAAAGUAUUACUCACAGCAAAUGAUAUACCUAUAUAUUUUUCAAGAAUGUAUUACUAAAGACAUUAAUUUAGUGAAAACAAAGAUUGAUGUUAAAUGAUAUUAUAAAGAACAAAAAUUAUGAUUGACGAUUAUAGGCUUCCAUGUUUGUUGUUCAACAGUAUUAUUUAGUUCUAAAAGUGUAACUUUCAUUGAAGUUCAUAUUGGCUUCUGAUUCUAUGAAAUAUGUCAAGUAAAUAAUUGCAUUGUUAA